CAAAAUUUCCAUUGGUAGAUUAUAAUCAAAAGCUCCAAAUUCUAUGCACUAAAACAUCUCUGCUAAAUUUUUUCUUCACUAAAAAUUCCCAAAUCGUUUUCUGUCUCUCUAUUGCUUCUCGCUCUAAAAAUGCUUUUCAGAGUCACAAUCUUUAGAUUUUCGCGAUAAAUCUGUUGUAGUUCCGAAUUUUCAUACUUAAAUUCCAAAAAGACAUAACAGUUGAAUCUUUCCAGCAAAUCCAUGGAGGAUUGCAGCGUUUAUGAUGAUUCUCAUGUUCAAAAUGUCACAUGUUCUUCACAGGCUCUCGAUUCUAUCUGGGUUCCAAAUUCUUCUUCACCUUCUUUCCAUGUUCAGUGUAAAAGGGCAAAACAAAAAAGGAGUCUUUGCCCAAACCAGGUCCGAUUUCUCGAGAAGAGCUUUGAAGUGGAAAACAAGCUCGAGCCCGACCGAAAAAUCCGGCUGGCUAAAGAACUCGGCUUGCAGCCUCGACAGGUGGCAAUUUGGUUCCAAAAUCGAAGGGCCCGGUCCAAAACCAAGGUUCUUGAAAAAGAAUAUGAUUCUCUGAAAGCAAGCCAUGAUAAGCUCAAGCUGCUGAGAAAGAAACUGAAUUCGAAGGAGGGUUUAGAGCACGAGCCCGAAAAAUGCGAGCCCCUGAUAAGCCCGCUCGAUUUUCAUCCAAAGAUUCCAUUUUUAUCGGGAGAUGGGGGCUCAGAGGUUGUACCCGAGACAGGGUACAAGCAGGAAGAUGCGGCCAGCUCAGCAAAGAGCGAUGUGUUCGACUCGGACAGCCCACAUUGUGCGGAUGGGAAUAACUAUUCGCACGUUUUCGAGUCGGAUUUUUCGCAAGACGAGGAAGAAAACGUUAAAAAGAGCCUCUUGCACUUGCCGAAAAUCGAAGUCGAAUGGUGUGGUGAUGAUGAUGAUUUGCAGCCAAAUUCAUGCAAUUUGGGGUUUCCUGUACAGGAUCAAGGCACUUGGUUCUGGCAAUAUUGA